GCACCAUGUGCUUCGAAGAGUGGGGGCGAUGAGCUCGAGGAGAGGCUAUGGCGGCCAAUCUGGCAAUCUGUGAAUCAGGUGAAUCUCUUAUCUUCAGUGCUGUCUCUAGGAGCUGUGUAUCAGCUGUGGGGCAGCUGCUCUAAAUUGAGCAAAAGUAAUUUGUGUUGGAAGUAGCAAUCAGCAACCCUUCAAGCUGACUACCUUUCCAUCAAUCGAGCCGCUUAUUCAGCCAAUCAAGUCAGAGCUUGUGGGAGCUGGUGAUCAACUCAACGUUCAAAGGUCAAGCCAACCUUGGAGUUGACAAACUCUGAUACCUUGAUCUUGCUAUACAGCUCCAUGUACUACAGUCAGGUGGCAUUUUGUCACCUAUUCUAGUCAUCAAGUUGUACAGAGAAAAAAUUGCCCCUAGCACCACUGCUAGGUAGCAUCAGUUGUCCACCUUCAGUGGUGAAAGACCACUUUCUGCCUUGAAAAAUGUAUAUAUAAACGGUUUGAAUUCAGCAGGUUUUUGAUUUCCUGCUCCAGUUCCGGGGGUGCAUGAUGGCGGCUGCUGAAGGCAAUGAGUUGACGAGGGCGCAUCACCUAGAAGCUGCUGAUCAACCCCCCCAAGCAGGGGACGAAAGCAUUGAGCCCGAGAUGGGCUCCUCGCAAGCCAACGGGGCGGCCGCUUUCGGCCGGCAGACUGCCGGGGGGGGCUACGUCCGUGUUAAGCUGGCUGAGAAAGACACGUCAGGUUUCAGUGGCAGAGACACUGAGGGUGGGCCUCCGGUGGGGUGCUGGCUACCCCUCUCGAGAACGCAGACCGCACUCGCAGCGGCGGGGGUGUGCUUGCUUGUCCUGGUUGUGAUUGCAUUCGGCACAGGCCUUGGAUCACCUCGCUCACCAAAGUCUACAACGUACGGUCAGCUGGGCGAGAUCUCGCAGUGCGUGAGAGCGCCGGUAGGGGGGGAGAAGCCCACGCUGAUCCUGAUCUCAUCAGACGGGUUUCGGUGGGACUACUUGUUCAAGGUGCCGACGCCAAACAUCGACAGGCUGAGGAUGCAGGGCACCGAGACGGCGACGGGCAUGAUGCCCAUGUACCCGUCCAUUACGUUCCCCAACCACUACUCCAUUGUGACUGGGCUGCACCCUGAGUCCCACGGCAUUAUCGCCAACUACUUUCGACCGGCGGACAACACGAGUGAACAGUUCUCCAUGGCCAACCACGACGCGCGCUGGUGGCUGGGGGAGCCCAUGUGGGUGACUGCGCGCAAACAGGGCCUCACCGCCGCGGCGUUCUUUUGGCCUGGCGCGGAGGUGAUUAAGCCCGACUGGCCGUGCGAUCCUGAGUACUGCCCCCGCUACAACAGCGCUUUACCAUACGAAGACCGUGUAGAUCGUGUUUUGGGUUGGCUGGACUUGCCCCCCGAACAGCGGCCGCAGUUCAUGACCAUGUACAUGGAAGACCCCGACCAUUGGGGGCACCGGGUGGGCCCCGACGCCCCCCAGAUCGACGCGGCCGUGACACGUGUCGACGCCAUGAUUGGCCGGCUGCUGGACGGCCUGGAGACACGUGGCAUCCUAAACACGACCCACGUGAUCAUGGUGGGCGACCACGGUAUGACGUCAGUGUGCGAGUGCAAGGACAUUUACCUGGAGGACCUCGCGCCCUGGGUUGAUCUGCCCAUGGACUGGGUCAACACGGAGUCCCCGGUCCUUUCCCUGCUACCCCCCCCUGACGUCGACGUGCGUGCCCUCCACGCCAACAUCUCCCGGGCACUUGCUCCGGGGGGCAUUUCCAACGGCGAGUUCCUGUCUUUGUACCUCAAGGAGGACAUCUCCGAGCGUUUCCACUAUUCCCACAGCCCGCGAAUCGCGCCGAUAGUGGGGAUCGUGGCCGAAGGCUACACCGUCCGCAAAACGCGGGCGGAGAAGGAGGGGAUCCAGUGCGGGGGGGUGCACGGGUUCGACAACGCGCUGUUUUCGAUGCGGACCAUCUUCUUCGGGCGGGGGCCCCGGUUUGGAGUGAGGAAUGUGGUGCCGACGUUCCGAAACAUUGAGCUGUACGAGGUCAUGUGCGAUAUACUGGGGCUCGAGCCCGCACCUAACAACGGCACGGCAGGCUUCAAGGAGACGGUGCUGAGAAGAUCCUGCUAACGGGUGCAAAUUUGUACAUAGAUAUACCGUGUAAUUCAGAAGCUGCGUCCGUCGCUGGCCGCCGAGGAAAGUCUGUUGUGCAAAGCCCUAAGUACAAACUUACAUCGAUUGACUACCGAGAGUAGUAUCUGAUUGCGCGUGUUGCUGACCCGAAAGUCCAAUGGCGGGCUGUUGACCGACAGUCCGAUCGUGUAGAGUACUAUUGCUGACCCUCCCUAAGCGAAACAUAACUCUCUUCAGUGAAUGACAAUCAUGAACUGGCACCACCUGGUCUAACGCUGCGUCGGUGUGCACUCAAACACGUGCUGGAAGCGCUCGAAGUUUUUCAGGUCUGGGAC